CGUCGCCUUAUCUCGUAUCCAGUCUACGUCACACCUGCCACACCUGCCACACCUGCCACACUGCCUUACCGCUGGUGGUUGGCGCUCGGGCCAGCUCUCUGUCAAUCAUCGGAUCCUUUGGUUAGAUGCUAUCCGCAGCUAGCAAAUUCUGAUGGAAAUUCCCAAGCUAGACUGGUCGUUCAAGAGGAAUCGGCAUUCUAACAUCUAUAGGUCUUCUUUCUGCUCCCUCAGACGGUGCUUCGAGUCGCCAGCUUAAGGAUUAGCGGCUUCUGUUUGUUGCCAUUUUUUCUCUCGAUAGCGUGAAUGCGAUGCCUGCAUCAGUACCUGAGUCAUACCAUCACCACCGUCAUAUAGCGCAGUGAUUCUGUGAUGGGGAGUGUGCCUCAGCUUCAAAUUACCACCCUUUGGCCUUGCUGGGGUUAGUCAUGGCCAACGAACCCACUCAAAUUCUCAAUCCCGUCGUAUAUCUGAACUACCUAAGUCCAGACGAUGCAAGUACUUAUGAAUUCAGCAGAAACCUAAACCUGGCAACUUUGGCUGUGCUGCUCUGGGAUAUACUUUCGAGUGUCCCCGAUGAUUACAAGCUGAUGCAGACCGGCAGAGUGUCGAUUAUUCUCUUCACCUACUUCCUGGCUCGACUGUCUGCGCUUGGCUUGGACGUCAUUGCUGUACUGCAGAAAACUGGCCCAGUUUCGAACUGUACGCUUAGUGCCAUGCUUUUAAUGGCGUUUCAGGUCGUGUCGUCAGCAGCUGCUGCAUACUUGUUCCUCAAACGUGUUCAUGCUGUCUACUUCGGCAACAAAGUUGUCCGGCAUUUUUUCAGCUUUCUAUGGAUUGUUGGAGUAGGCACUUCUUGCGCAACAUUCCAGGAUGCAAUGGACGAUCAGCAUGAAAUUGCCGACACUAAACACUGUAUCCGAUACCAAAGUCAGACACCUGUGUCUGUUGCUUUCAUGGGCCCCGUUCUCUUCGACACCCUGGUCUAUCUAGCCAUUGCGUACAAGAUCCUGACCUCUUACCGCAUGCUGGGUUGGAAGGCUCUUUUAUGUGGGAGUGGCCUCCCUGACUUCUCACGUGCCGUAUUUCAGGGAGGACAGCAAUACUAUUUAGUCACCGCAGGCGUUAACAUGACUCGGCUUGCAUUUGCUUUACUACCGUCCGUAUCUCCGUCGUUCGCAGUCAUGGUUUCGGCAUUUUCUGUAACACUGACAAGCAUAAUGGCCUGUCGAGUCCACCGAAACUUGAUAAUUAAAGAUUUGGCCGAAGCUCAGACAAAUGGGGCUGAGCUGACGACUGCAGUCCUUGGGAACGGAUCAUUAAUGAAUGUGGUACCUUUGCCAGGGAAGGCUACGGCGCUGGUUAGGUCUGGCGUUCAAUCUGGAUCCACUAUAGAUGACAUUGCUUGAUAGAACCUAUGUUUAUUUAACACUCAUAUGCACACCAGCUGGAGGAAACAAUUGUCUUCUAUCGAGGCUUUGGUUUGCAUAGGGGAGACUACACCAGUUUGAUUCAUCCUGUCAAUGUGUAGUAAUUAUUCUUAAUGUGUCCAGUACUGGUACCACUGGGGUAGUCCUGAGGAUCUGUUGUACUGUAGACUCUGCAGUUGUCUAUGUCACACUUGUGUCUAACUCUAUGUGCUCUGUCCAUCUGACUAAGCCUCUAAG